AUGGCAGCCCUCACCAAAAGCAAGCGAACUCUUGAAGAGCCCCAAGAAGAUCGCAAAGUCAAAGUUACAAAGACCAAGAAACAAUCAUCACCUGCUGCACCAACCUCACCCGCUGACUUCACCACAAUCAUGGCUUCUCAACUAGCUCUCAUCGAAGCAUCCAGCCGCACACCAUUCGAGAAGAGUGUAUGGACACUUCUCUGCCAGAUCCCACGGGGUAGCUUCUCAACAUACGGUAUCAUGGCCGCGCAUUUAAAGUCAUCACCAAGAGCUGUAGGCAAUGCGCUGCGACGGAAUCCAUUCGCACCAGAAGUACCAUGUCAUCGCGUUGUGGCUACUGGAGGUGCGCUGGGUGGGUUCAAAGGGAAGUGGCCUAAAGAUGGUGAGGGAAUCACUCUUGAUGAGAAGAGGAAGCUUUUGAGAGGCGAAGGAGUGAGAUGGGAUGAUAAGGGGAAGGUUAUAGGGACACCGUUCAGCGGAUUCGCAUGA